CCUGGCCCAGAUGCAAAACAACAAAAAGUUCGUCGAAUGUAUUUUUAAGCAUUUUUUACAAUAAUAAUUAACGAACAAAGGAACGUGCAUGUCUGCAUUUCAAACCGCGCACACAUAGCACGCACGCAGGACGUGCCAAAUACACCAAAAUACAAACACAAUGAGCAAAUACACGCUUUGCUCGCUACUCAAAUUGACGCUUGCAAUUGCGUUCUAUGCGCCAACUGCAAUUGUUUGCUACAAAACGGUGCGUUUGCAGGACAAUCUCUGCUCGGACAAGCUCAUUUAUACGUUGGCCAAACCGUUCCGUGGCGAUCCAACGCUCCGGUUAACAGAAGACCACGACUCGGGGGCGAUCAUCACCCAAUCGUGGAAUGUGACGCUGCCCAGCGGCGGCGUUGGUGGUGGUGGUGGUCAUUCGUCGAAUAAAAUCAAAUAUGACUGCCAGUUCCGAGUGCAGACCAAUGAUCGUCCGCCCGGUGGUAUUUAUACGAUCAUCACACGGCUGAAGUUUCGCAGAGAUCCGGUGACGAAAAAAUGCAUCGAUUACAUUCAGUUCACCAAUGGAAAUCGUUCGCCAAGCGAACGCAUCUGCAGCGACAUCUCCAUCGAUGGUCCAGCUGGUCGCCUGAUCUUCGAUCAGCGUGAUCGCGAUGUCCAUGUGCAUAUAUUUAUCGAUAGGGAUCGUCAUAUAUUCGAGAAUCCACUGGAGCUGCGCAUGGUGCUCACUGCCCAUUCGCAUUGUCAAUUUGCGGGUGACUUUUUGUGCGAUCCCAAGGAUCAAUACUCUUGCAUAUCGCGUCAUUUUGUGCGUGACAAUAUCACCAAUUGUUUGUAUCCAUGCCGGGAUGAGGGCACCUGUUUCCACGAUGCCAUCGCACCCGAGGAGAUGGACACCACCAAUGUGGCCUUAUCGGCAAUCACAUCCCUCAUAUUCACCAUGGUCGGUGUGGGCUUCUGUGUAUGGAUUUGCUGGAAAUAUUGGAACUGCAUCACUGUGCAGCAGCAUGCCCACGAAGCAUCCGCUGCUCGCUUCAAUCAGCGGCAUGUUCGGUCGGACGUGCCCACGAUUGAGUUGCCGUCAGCGCCGUCAUAUGAUGGCGUGCUGGCACAUGAUCUAUCGCCAGUUUCGCCGGAUCAUCAUCAGCAUCAUCAUCAGCAACAGCAGCAGCAACCGGGAACCCCAAAAGAUAUGCCGCCCAGCUAUGAGUCACUUUUUCCGGAGAGAUAAGGGCUGCAUAAUAUGCUAUAUUUAUAAUACGCUCCGCUUUGUGCCAGAACCGUUGAACCAAAAAGAUGUUGGCGCCAAAACGAACACAAACACGAAAAUCAAAACUCCAAACACUUGAAAAAACUCGAAUUCACGUUUAAUGCAACAGUUCCAUUAAUAAUUGUUAGAUGAUUGCAUUUGUUGCUAACGAAUUAUGCAAUUACUAUUACAAUAUUGAUAUUGAUAGCAGGCGAGAUGAUAUAUGAAUGCAAUGUAAAUAUGCACAUUCGUUGUAGUGUUAGGGCUGAUUUUAUGUUCGAUUCGAUAUUCGAUUAGCUUUAGGCCAAAACUCAGAAUAUUAUUUUAUAUAUCUUAUAAGACUUUGGGUGAAUGUGUUCAAACGCUAACAAAUCAAGUACAACCACUACUACUAAAACAGUUAACUUUGAUUUCCCCCUUUUGUUUUUAACUAACAGUUUUGUAAAUACAACCGCACAUUAUUUAUAUAGGUAUAUAUUAUUAUUUUGUUUGUUGAUAUUAUAGUCGCGAAUUAUGUUUGUUUUUAAAUGUAAAAGCUGCCGUUCAAGAAUCUGUAGUAAUAAUAUAAAUACAACACAACACAAUCCAAUCCAAUCAAUCUCAAUUACACACUAAUGAAAUCUCACGCAAUUAGUAAUGCAAAUUGUAUCAAUUAUAAGGUAAACUACAACUAAUGCUAGUUAGUGCAAAUUUGGAGAUUCCAAUUAAAUAAUUGUAAUAUAAGUCCACAAAAUUUAGCGGCAUUCCAUCUAGUUGUACCUGUAACAUAUUUAUCUAUAUCUAUAUAUAUAUAUAUACAACACGCUUUUGUGAAACCGAAAAAAGAAACUAAAAACAAAAGACAACUUAUUACGUAUUUGUGAAAAGACAACAAUUAUGUUAUUGCUGGCCUUGUCGUCAAUUGUUUAAUGUCAAUCCAUAUGCGAAAAUGUUAUUGUGUAAGCUACAGUAUGUACUCGAAAUAUGUAACAGCAAUAGCCGAGCAAUAUGUAGAAAACUAGCGGUCAAUUUGUCUUGAAACACACAGAGAAUUACACAAAUACACAUACCCAUAUACGUAUAUUAACUAUAAAUAAAACAACUAAAUGUUAAA